AUGCCAGGCUUCGCAGACUCGUUCUGGUCGAACGACUACGCCUCAGGCCUUGGGGUGCUCUUUAACAAGCUUCAGCAAGGCGUCGUCGAAAACCGUCAGGUUCUAACUAUCGCGCGGAUGCGAGCCGAGGCCGAGGAGGCCUAUGGUCAGCGCUUAUCCGAGAUCGCCCCUGCUGUUGAUAAAGUACAAGGCGGUUUUAGCGUCGAUGAUGGCGCCAGCGUGCGCAAGGCAUACGAGGGUGUGCGGGCCGAGAUGGAGGAUGCCGCCAGGAACCACAAGAAGAUUGCGCAAAAUAUCCGCGAUCUGGUUGUGAACCCCUUCUCGCGCUGGUGCGACGCUCACGAAUCCCGGAUACAGGACUCUCAAGACGAGCUGCAGGCGCGAGUCAAGGCCCACGACAAGCAGGCCGAGGCUGUGAAGAAGCUCAGAAGCAACUACUUCAAUAAGUGCCGUCAGCUCGAAGACCUAGAGGAAGAGAACAAACUCGCCUUCCAGGAUCCUGAGACCAGUCCGCAGCAGAAGCAGAACAUACCCGAAAUCAAGGUAGAGCAGGAGGCCGCUGAAGAGGAGCCUCUCGAAAUCGGCGAUGAGACAUAUAGCCCGGAACAGGUCAAGGAAAGACUCAGGCAUAUUCUCAACAACAUCAAGAUGGGCGAAACAAAGGUCCCCAUCCUCGGCACAUAUCACAAUACCUCUGCCGGCACAGACAUUGUAGAAUACAUUCAGCGGCACAUGGGGAGCACAAGUGUCAGCUACGCUGAGAGAAUCGGCCAAGAUUUGGUCACGCACGGGUUCUUGCGCUUGGUUGGCAACGUCGGGAAUACCUUUGCCAACAGCUCAAAGAUGUUUUAUCAAUGGCGGCCCAAGGCCUUCGAGUGGUCAGGGGUGCCUGAGAAGAAGCCGGUGGCAAGGACCUUCUCCAUCCCCGUGACAGGAUCGGACGGCUCAGACUCCCCAGUGGUUGGCACGGUGUCCGACUACCUCGCCAAAUGGGAUGUCCUCAAUACUUCACGGCCAAACGAGACGCCGGCUGAGCGCAUGCGGCGGGAGGCAAGAGAAGCCGACGAGCGAUACAAAGCCGCGGUCAGGAAGCUCGACGAGACGCGGUGCGAGCUCGAGGAGGCCAUUUUCGUCCAUCUCAGGUUUCUGGAGCGCUGCGAGCUUGACCGGCUCAAGGCGAUCAAGACGGUCGUAUUGGACUUUUCGGGCACCAUUAGCAACGUGAUCCCAAGUUUGCAAGCCACCGUCGACAAGUUGAUGCUGUACCAAGAGACGGUCCAGCCGCUUGGUGAUUUGCGCUAUCUCCUGGAGAAUUACCGGACUGGCAGUUUCGUCCCCAAGGUUGUGGUCUACGAAAACUAUUACAAUAAUGUCGAUGAACAGACAUUCGGCGUCGACCUGGAGGCUAGGGCCAGGGCUGACAGAAAGAGGGUGCCCGUCAUCAUCACCACUCUUCUUACCUACCUGGAUCACCACUACCCAGAUCUUGAGGGCGACGAAGCCCGCCGUGGAGUGUGGUUGCACGAGGUCCCCCUGACCCAAACUCACAAGCUGAGAGCCAAGGUCAACAACGGCAAACCGCCCGCUUUGGAAACAUUUGCUGAAUUCGAUAUACCCACCGUCGCGAGUCUCUUGAAGCUUUAUCUGCUUGAGCUUCCCGAUUCUCUUGUCUCUUCGCACGUUUACGAAAUCAUCCGAACCAUCUACACGACUCCGACAGGGGAUGCUGGCGAUGCCGCGCGCGUCCCCAUCCUCGUGCAGACCCUAUCUCAACUUCGGCUCACAAACAUCGCGUCUCUGGAUGCUUGCAUGAACCACUUCACUCGCCUGAUUGACCUCACAUCGGCCGACGAAGAGUACAUCUCCAAGUUAGCUACUGUUCUCGCGCCCUGCGUCUUGCGCCCGCGCGCCGAGACAUCCCUUACGAUGGAGGAGAAGCACGCCUACCGGCUGGUACGCGAUCUUUUCGCGCAUAAAGACGCCAUCUUCAACGAGCUGAAGCGGCUGUCCACUAUGAAUUCGGCCGGCAGCAUUAAGGGUAACCAGAACCGCCCUCGCGCCAUCUCCACCGAUGAGAGCAACCGUAAGGCGCAUAUGGAGGAGCGUACCCGGGCCCUCUUGGAGAAGGCCAACGGCAGCCGAAGCCGCGCGACCUCACCCGCCCCAAGCCCGCGCGGCUCCAGCCACCGCCGCGAUAGGAGUGUAGGCGGGCCCGAGACACGGUUCCCCAUCCAAACGAACGUCACGAGCCCCACCAGCGAGGGGAGGAAAAGAGGCAGCCUAGGGCCCGUCUUGCCCAAGCGGACGAGCCUCGAGGUUCCGGGCGAAGAGAGCAGUGUCGGGCACAUGGGCCUGAGCCAUCCCGCUGACGGCAACUUUAUCAUGAACGGCGCGCCGCCCAUCGGCGUGAGCACUGCUGCCGCCGCCGCUGCCGCUGCUGCGGACCAGCAUGGAAGUCCGCUUGAGAAGAGGAAUAGUCUCGGUCGGAAGUUGGAGCAUGAGUCCGGGGUGGAGAAGAGGAAUAGUCUGGGUCGGAGCGGUGCAAGGUUUUCUGCCGGUCGUCGUGUGACGCCAGCAUCGGCUUCUUCUGCUGCUGCCCGGACAGCCACGCCCCCGCCACCCCAGCAGCCGGGCCAUCAUCACCAGCAGUCGAGCGGGCAAGGAGUUACCCUGGUGGACGCGCCGAUGGACUACUAG